GGUGCUAAAUAGCAGCAAGGACAAGAGGCUUGGCUCAGUGUGAGCUACCCACACCACAGGUCUGACAGACUCUGAGAUGACAAUAGGCAGCAUGGAGAAUGUGGAGGUCUUCACUUCAGAGGGCAAAGGCAGAGGUCUGAAGGCCACGAAAGAAUUCUGGGCUGCAGAUGUCGUCUUUGCUGAGCGGGCUUAUUCUGCAGUGGUUUUCGACAGCCUCAUUAACGUUGUGUGCCACACCUGCUUCAAGAGGCAGGAGAAGCUCCACCGCUGUGGCCAAUGCAAGUUCGCCCACUACUGCGACCGCACGUGCCAGAAGGAUGCUUGGCUGAACCACAAGAACGAGUGUUCCGCCAUCAAGAGAUACGGGAAGGUGCCCAAUGAGAAUAUCAGGCUGGCAGGCCGCAUCAUGUGGCGGGUGGAGAGAGAGGGCACUGGGCUCACGGAGGGCUGCCUGGUGUCGGUGGAUGACUUGCAGAACCACGUGGAGCACUUCGGGGAGGAGGAGCAGAAGGAGCUUCGGGUGGACGUGGACGCAUUCCUGCAGUACUGGCCGCCGCAGGGCCAGCAGUUCAGCAUGCAGUAUAUCUCACACAUUUUUGGCGUGAUCAACUGCAACGGUUUCACUCUCAGCGACCAGAGAGGCCUACAGGCAGUGGGCGUGGGCAUCUUCCCCAACCUGGGCCUGGUGAACCAUGACUGCUGGCCCAACUGCACUGUCAUAUUCAACAACGGCAAUCAUGAGGCAGUGAAAUCCAUGUUUCACACGCAGAUGAGAAUUGAGCUCCGGGCCCUGGGCAAGAUCUCGGAAGGUGAGGAGCUGACGGUAUCGUACAUUGACUUUCUCCACCUCAGCGAGGAGCGCAGGCGGCAGCUGAGGAAGCAGUACUACUUUGACUGCUCCUGUGAGCACUGCCAGAAGGGGCUGAAGGAUGACCUCUUCCAGGCAGUGAAGGAAGACCCUAAGCCCUCCCCGGAAGUGGUGAAGGAGAUGGUACAAUUCUCAAAGGAUACACUGGAAAAAAUAGACAAGGCUCGCUCUGAGGGUUUGUAUCAUGAGGUUGUAAAGCUGUGCCGGGAGUGCCUGGAGAAGCAGGAAUCAGUGUUUGCCGACACCAACCUCUACGUGCUCCGGCUGCUAAGCAUUGUGUCAGAGGUCCUCUCCUACCUCCAGGCCUUUGAGGAGGCCGCACACUAUGCCAGGAGGAUGGUGGAUGGCUACAUGAAGCUCUACCACCAUAACAAUGCCCAACUGGGCAUGGCUGUGAUGCGGGCAGGGCUGACCAACUGGCAUGCUGGUAACAUUGAAGUGGGGCACGGGAUGAUCUGCAAAGCCUAUGCAAUUCUCCUGGUAACACACGGACCCUCCCACCCUAUCACCAAGGACUUGGAGGCCAUGAGGGUGCAGACAGAGAUGGAGCUGCGCAUGUUCCGCCAGAAUGAGUUCAUGUACCACAAGAUGCGAGAGGCUGCCCUGAACAACCAGCCCAUGCAGGUCAUGGCUGAGCCCAGCAAUGAACCAGCCCCGGCUCUGUUCCAAAUUUCUGGGGUUCAGGCCACCAGGUUUGCAAAGUAA